AUGGAACUACGACAGCCUUCGGCGAACGAUGCUACACAAAGUACAAGCGAAAAGAAAGUGCUGAAGUUAUCCCCGUCAAUACAACACAUCACCCAAACCCGUGCAGCGGAAACUAGCGAAUCGGUUCAAUCUAUUGAUUCGGACGAUCCACCACGAUGCACCGUCCAGUGCAAAGUGUGUGGAAAAUGGUUCCUCGACAACUACUUCCUUCAUCGGCACGAGUUAGUUCACACCAAGGAAAAACCUCACCAGUGUGAAAAAUGUUCGAAAUCCUUCACACAGAAGACAAGUCUUGGGAUACACAUGCUAAUCCAUUUGCGAGAGAAGAAGUUCCAAUGUAGCCUCUGUCCGAUGAAAUUCAUACAGAAAAAUAAUCUUACCACACAUGUAAAACUACGACAUCCAGCGCUUGACGAUCCGGUGUUGCCAAACGGGUUUCUCUGCCAAAAGUGUCCUUCGGUCUUUAAAUGCGCCGGUCGGUUACGAGUACACCGAGCCCGCAUUCACGGUGAGAUGGUAAUGUUCGACCAGUGGUUAAAACCUACAACGGCAACGACCAACAGCAAACAGCAAUCGUCCAGUGGUGACUAUGAGGAUGAUAAUAAUACAACUUCUUCGCAUGAAGAUUCUUCUGCUUCAAACACGACACAGCAAAUGGAAAACGAUGGAGAAAUAGUACAUAAAAUUAUUAAAAGUCGUCGAACAGAGCACAUGAAAGGCAUAACUAAAGGGCGUCCGCACGUGUGUGAAGUAUGCAAGGCAGCAUUUAAAAAACCACAAUACCUUACCCAACAUAUGAUUUCCCAUACCGGUAUUCGACCGCACCGGUGCAAUGUCUGCAACAAGACGUUCUCCUCCAAACAGUCCUACAGCACGCAUAUGAAAUUACAUUCGAACACCGUUCGAUUGUUCAACUGUGCUAAAUGCGAUGAAUCGUUUAAUCGCCAUGCGACGCUGAAAAGGCACCAGACGAUGAUACAUAGCGCAUUGCAGUAUGUGUACCGCUGUCCUUUUUGCGAUAUUCAAUUCCGUUGGGUACAUAAUGCACGAUCUCACAUUAAAACGUUUCACUUGAAGAAAUCAACUGAGGAAAUCAUACUUGAACCCAUCAAAGAAAGCGUUGAAAACAAGCAAUGGCAACCAGCCUAG